UCUAUCUCUCUUUCUUUUAUUAUCAGUGAUACCCCUCUCCUCUCCGUCUCCUUCUUCUCACAUCCCCUUCCUUUUCAUAAUGUCUCUCUUCAGUACCAUUGAAACCCCCAUCGUUCAAUAUGAGCAGCCUCUUGGCCUGUAUGACCUUGUCCCUACCCCCUCUUUUCCCGCCAUGUCUGUUGUGUUGCCUUGGGACUAACCUCCUUUCUACAUCUAGGUUCAUCAACAAUGAGUUCGUAAAAGGCUCCGAAGGCAAGACCUUCGAGACUAUCAACCCCACUAGCGAGAAGCCAAUCAUUGCCGUCCAUGAGGCCAACGAGAAGGAUGUCGACAUUGCUGUUGCUGCUGCUCGCGCUGCCUUCGAGGGGCCCUGGCGCCAGGUCACCCCAUCUGAGCGUGGCCUUCUACUCUAUAAACUCGCGGAUUUGAUGGAGCGCGACAGUGACACCCUUGCGGCCAUCGAAUCCCUCGACAACGGCAAGGCCUUCACGAUGGCCAAGGUGGAUGUUGCGAACUCCAUCGGUUGCCUGCGCUACUAUGCCGGCUGGGCCGACAAGAUUCACGGCCAGACUAUUGACACCAACAGCGAGUCCCUUGUCUACACUCGUCACGAGCCCAUCGGGGUUUGCGGCCAGAUUAUCCCCUGGAACUUCCCACUUCUGAUGUGGUCCUGGAAGAUUGGUCCUGCCAUUGCUGCCGGUAACACGGUCGUUCUCAAGAGCGCGGAGCAGACCCCCCUCUCGGCUCUCUACGCUGCGAAGUUGGUCAAGGCCGCUGGCUUCCCUCCUGGUGUCGUUAACAUCCUGUCCGGUUUCGGCCGUGUUGCUGGUGCCGCCAUCUCCAGCCACAUGGACAUUGACAAGGUUGCCUUCACAGGAUCCACCCUGGUUGGUCGGACGAUCCUCCAGGCGGCUGCAAAGAGCAACCUGAAGAAGGUCACCCUCGAGCUGGGUGGCAAAUCCCCCAACAUUGUCUUCGACGACGCUGACAUUGACAAUGCCAUCUCGUGGUCCAACUUUGGUAUCUUCUUCAACCAUGGCCAGUGCUGCUGCGCCGGAUCGCGUAUCCUCGUGCAGGAGGGUAUCUACGACAAGUUCGUUCAGCGCUUCAAGGAGCGUGCUGCCCAGAACAAGCUAGGCAACCCCUUCGAGUUGGACACUUUCCAGGGUCCUCAGGUCUCGCAGCUCCAAUUCGACCGGAUCAUGGAGUACAUCAACCACGGCAAGCAGGCGGGUGCUACCGUUGCGGUGGGUGGUGAGCGCCACGGCAAUGAGGGAUACUUCAUCCAGCCCACCGUGUUCACCGAUGUCACUCCGGACAUGAAGAUCGCCCAGGAGGAGAUCUUCGGCCCGGUUGUGACUGUCCUCAAGUUCAAGGAUGAGGCGGAAGCCAUCAAGAUUGGCAACAGCACCGAAUACGGUCUCGCUGCCGCUGUCCACACCAAGAACGUCAACACUGCUAUCCGUGUGUCAAAUGCUCUCAAAGCUGGCACCGUAUGGAUCAACAACUAUAACAUGCUGACCUACCAGGCUCCCUUUGGCGGAUUCAAGCAGUCUGGUAUCGGUCGUGAGCUUGGCUCCUACGCCCUCGAGAACUACACACAGGUCAAGACUGUGCAUUACCGCCUGGGAGACGCCCUCUUUGCUUAAAAAUACAGAAUGACCUCAUAAUGCGGUAUAUAUGGCGUACUGGAUAUCGUCCUGUUGAAAUAAAAUAAAAAUAAAAAUAAAAAAUAAAAAUUUUAAAAAAAAAAAAAUUUAAAAGAAA